UUUGCACUUCUGUCAAGCACCUAACCACUUUUUUCUUCUGAAAUACAUGUUUUAAAAUUUUAAAUAAAUGACACUUUUCUUUAAAGCAGGCUAGUCUAUGAAUCCCUUAGAUUGACGCUCAGAUCUAAAAAGUACACUACGGUGUAGAACACUGUUUUCUUCUCAGGGUCCACUUAGGAUUUCGUAAGCAGGGUCUCCCUUACCACAGCAGACGGGGUUGUUCUGUCAACAGCUUCCAUCGGACUAAAUGAAGAACAGAAAGAAUAUCAGAAAGUGGCCUUUGACUUUGCAGCCCGGGAGAUGGCUCCACACAUGGCAGAGUGGGACCAGAAGGAACUGUUCCCAGUGGACGUGAUGCGGAAGGCAGCCCAGCUAGGCUUUGGUGGAAUCUACGCACGAGCCGAUGUAGGUGGGUCUGGACUGUCACGGCUCGAUACCUCUGUCAUCUUUGAAGCCUUGGCCACAGGAUGCACCAGCACCACAGCCUAUAUAAGCAUCCACAACAUGUGUGUCUGGAUAAUCGACACCUUUGGAAAUGAGGAACAGAGGCACAAAUUUUGCCCACCGCUCUGUACCAUGGAGAAGUUUGCUUCCUACUGCCUCACUGAGCCAGGAAGUGGGAGUGAUGCUGCCUCCCUUUUAACUUCAGCUAAACGGCAAGGAGAUCAUUACAUCCUUAAUGGCUCCAAGGCCUUCAUCAGUGGUGGAGGGGAAUCAGACAUCUAUGUGGUCAUGUGCCGAACAGGAGGACCGGGCCCCAAAGGCAUCUCCUGCAUAGUUGUUGAGAAAGGGACCCCUGGCCUCAGCUUCGGCAAGAAGGAAAAAAAGGUGGGGUGGAACUCACAGCCAACGCGAGCCUUGAUCUUCGAAGACUGUGCUGUCCCUGCGGCCAACAGAAUUGGGAACGAGGGGCAGGGCUUCCUCAUUGCCAUGAAAGGACUGAACGGAGGAAGGAUCAAUGUUGCCUCUUGCUCUCUAGGGGCUGCUCAUGCCUCAGUCAUCCUCGCCCGAGACCACCUCAGUGUCCGGAAGCAGUUUGGAAAGCCUCUGGCCAGUAACCAGUAUCUGCAGUUCAAACUGGCUGAUAUGGCGACAAGGCUGGUGGCCUCCCGGCUGAUGAUCCGCAGUGCUGCAGUGGCUCUGCAGGCAGAGCGGGCUGAUACAGUGGCCCUGUGCUCCAUGGCCAAGCUCUUUGCUACAGACGAAUGUUUUGCUAUCUGCAACCAGGCCUUGCAGAUGCAUGGAGGCUACGGCUACCUGAAGGACUAUGCUGUUCAGCAGUAUGUGCGGGACUGCAGGGUCCACCAGAUCCUGGAAGGCAGCAAUGAAGUGAUGCGGAUGCUGAUCUCGAGAAGCCUGCUUCAGGAGUAGCACCUGGACCUGCUGCUCCGGCGCCAGGUUGAAUGUGCCCUUGGAUUAGUGUUGACUGGCUCCGGUGGGCAGGUCUGUCACAGAUGAGUCGUGGUGAGGCGGAAGGACUGGGCUCCUCCAGGAGGACUCUCAGUGUCGGCAGCAGUGGCAGCAGUCGGCUGGAGCAGUCUCCAGAGGCUGGAGGAGCUGCCUUGGUUAGGGCGUUGCGAGGACACUACCUUGUUUCCUAAAUCAGUAGGUGACUGGUGAAGACGCAUCACCAGACCGUAGUACUCUCUGGAUCCACAUCGUCCUGAUCUGCCUGCGUUUUGCUGAUUCACCGGGUCCUCCUCUGGGGAAUUGGGUACUUUGUAGAGGGCUUUUCUAUUUAUAAAGUACAGGGUGGGGAAGGAAAAAUGGAGAAAAGUGGCCUGUCUUUUUCUGUCCUCUGCACCUCAGCUAAAGGCUCAGAAGGUGUCUGGGACACACUUCCUUCAUAGCGCCUCUGAGGACAUGCUGAUGAGAUGAAUAGUAGGAGAACUUGGCUCCUAAGCUGUGAUUCAGGGUGUGUCUCGACGCCGCCCUACCUGAAUAUCAAGGCCUGUGGUUGGAACUUUGAAUAUUUGUUGUUUUUCUUUUUUAAGAAGCACGUGGCCUGGGAAUGGUAUUCAAAGUUUCUAUAACCCUUUCUAGUAAGUGCUUUGAGUAUAUUUUUCUAUCUGCGUUUCUGUUUUCCUUUUUGAAGCUGCGCCUCUUUUUAAAUGUUUCGAUUGAUAAAUAAAACCUACCCCUUUCUGAACCAU